CCUCUUCUCACUGUCUCUCUAAACUUGAACUCUUGUUCUGCCAUUCCUCAAGAAGAAUUCGGUCGAAAUGGCUGCACUAAUCACGUCCCUGGCUACUACACCAGCUUCUUUCUUCCUCUUGAUCCUCGUGUUUGCCUUUUCUCCUGCUGGCUCCUCUGCUGACUAUUGAUGGCAGAAUGGCCAUGCAACUUUCUAUGGUGGCAGUGAUGCAACUGGGACCAUGGGUGGAGCUUGUGGAUAUGGCAACCUGUACAGCCAGGGCUACGGCACAAUGACCGCUGCACUCAGCACUGCAUUGUUCAACGAUGGCCUCAGCUGCGGGUCAUGCUACGAGAUGAGGUGCAACGACGACCCCAAGUGGUGCCGGCCUGGCAGCAUCACGGUCACCGCCACCAACUUCUGCCCGCCGAACUACGCCCUGGCUAAUGACAAUGGGGGGUGGUGCAACCCUCCCUUGCAGCACUUCGAUUUGGCAGAGCCUGCUUUCCUGCAGAUCGCCGAGUACAGGGCCGGAAUUGUGCCGGUGGCAUUCAGAAGGGUUCCAUGUGUGAAGAAAGGAGGAAUAAGGUUCCAGAUCAACGGCAACCCUUACUUCAACCUGGUGCUCAUCACCAACGUGGGCGGCACCGGAGAUGUCCAUGCGGUGGCCGUGAAGGGGUCGAGAACAGGGUGGCAGCCCAUGUCAAGGAACUGGGGCCAGAAUUGGCAGAGCAACUCUUACCUCAGAGGUCAAUCCCUGUCCUUCCGGGUCACCACCAGCGACGGCAGGACCGUCACCAGCUACAAUGCUGCGCCUGCAAAUUGGCAAUUCGGGCAGACCUUCGAGGGCAGCCAGCUCUAGACAUAAAUACAUGGACAUGCACUAUUGCCGGAAUGCACAGCAUAGAGACGCAUACAUGUUGGCGAGUCUGUCUGUUCAGUCGAGAGAACAAACGUCGGGGUCAAGAAUUGCAGAGACAGGACCAUGGGAGCUGAGGUGGUUGCACAUCACCCGCUUGUCAUAUAUAUAUAUAUAUAAUUCUUUUGGUAGAACAU